AUGGAUGUCGCCGCCGGCCCCGAGUCCCUGGAACGCUGCUUCGGCCGGGGCCCGCCGGACCGCGCCGAGAUGCUGGACGGCAUCAAAAUGGAAGAUCACCCGCUGCGCUCGGGCGCUGCCACCUUGGGCGUGUUGCUGGGGUCAGAGUGUCAGAACCAGGCGGUUUGCGAGGGCUGCCAGCGGCCGAUCUCAGACCGUUUUCUGAUGCGAGUGAACGAAUCUUCCUGGCACGAAGAGUGUUUGCAGUGUGCAGUGUGUCAACAAGCCCUCACCACCAGCUGCUACUUCCGGGAUCGAAAACUGUACUGCAAACAGGACUACCAACAGCUAUUUGCUGCUAAGUGCAGUGGCUGCAUGGAAAAGAUCGCCCCAACAGAAUUUGUGAUGAGAGCCUUGGAAUGUGUUUACCACUUAAGCUGCUUCAGUUGCUGUGUCUGUGAACGACAGCUGAGGAAAGGAGAUGAAUUUGUUCUGAAGGAAGGACAAUUGCUCUGCAAAAGUGACUAUGAAAAAGAAAAAGACUUGCUGAGCUCAGUGAGCCCCGAUGACUCAGACUCAGUUAAAAGUGAUGAUGAGGAUGGAGAUGUUAAACCAACCAAAGGACAAGCAAACCAAGGAAAAGGGAGUGAUGAUGGAAAAGACCCAAGGAGACCCAAACGACCAAGGACAAUACUUACAACGCAGCAGAGAAGAGCAUUCAAAGCAUCCUUUGAAGUGUCUUCAAAGCCAUGUAGGAAGGUCAGAGAAACACUAGCAGCUGAAACAGGACUCAGUGUGCGAGUUGUCCAGGUCUGGUUUCAGAACCAAAGAGCAAAGAUGAAGAAACUAGCACGGAGGCAUCAGCAGCAGCAGGAGCAGCAAAAUUCUCAGCGACUAGGGCAAGAAGUAAUGUCCAACCGAAUGGAAGGAAUGAUGACAUCUUACACACCACUUGCACCACCACAGCAGCAGAUUGUAGCAAUGGAUCAAAGCAGUUAUGGCACGGACCCAUUCCAGCAAGGUCUUACCCCUCCACAGAUGCCAGGAGACCACAUGAACCCCUAUGGAAACGACUCCAUUUUUCAUGAUAUCGACAGUGAUACCUCUUUGACUAGCUUGAGCGACUGUUUCCUUGCCUCCUCAGAAGUUAACUCCAUGCAGGCUAGAGUAGGAAACCCCAUUGACAGGCUGUACUCUAUGCAGAGCUCAUAUUUCGCCUCAUGAAAAUAAUAAUAAUAAAGAAAACAAAUAGCUGGUGUAUCUUUAGCAAGUGACUUUUUGCAGAGCAGACUCUACAGCCAUAUGUUGCCCAGCUCUUCCUUCACAGUGACUCCUGCCGCCUCUGGACUGCCACGAGCAUUUUUAGGAGGACCAUAUAUUACAUCAAUCAAUCAACCCACCAACCCCCUCCCCCACUCACACAUAGACAUCCUCAGUUAUCCAGCUUGGACCAGGCCACGAGAAAAGCAUGGGACGAAUGGAACACCCAGCUCUCCAGCAGCCCUGGGUUUGGUUUGAGCUCCGCAUUGUAAAGGAAAUGACUGUGUGAAAAGCUAGACCUUUUUCCUUCUUUCUUUCUUCCUUUCGUUUGGAUAUUUAAACUUUUUUUUAAAAGCCACUGAGACUGACAUCAGUCGACCAUAUGACGAAUAAAUCAGAGAAACUGGAGACUCCUCCCCUUUCUUAUUGCAUGACUCAUGCUAUGUUGUGGAUAAAUUGCCAUUUGAACUGUGAGACGUUAAUGUAAAUGUGACGUUCAACAUUUGUUUCCUUUCUACACUUUUUCUACAUAACCCUCAAUCUGCUGCUUAGUUUAUAGCCCUUAUACUGUAUGAUACUUAGAAAAACUGGUUAACAAGAAGCCUUGUGGCGAAGCCAGUGAUUUCAUAAUUGAAAAAGGUCUAUGACCCUGGAGAGAAGCUGCAUGUUAGGGACAGAUGCAUUUAGAUUAGUAUUAAUCUUGAAUAAUUAAAACAAAAGGUGCUUACACGACACAGAGCUUUAUUUAAUUUUUAAUGUGUGAGAAUAAACAUUUACUUUUAUUUGUAAGUAAUUUAGUGCCAACUUUCAAGCCUAGACUGUGAUUGGCAACCACGUGUUGUUCAUUCUGUUCUGUUUAUUUAGGUUUUGCAUGAGACAUAAAUGUGCUACACUCCAUUGUCCAUCUGGAACAAUUAAGACCUCCUUUAAUUAAUUUUCUUCCUUUGUCAAGGAAAGCGCAGGAUCUAAACUCCUAGCCCAGACCCUGAGACGUGUCCUUGACAUGUGCACGAAGUGACAAAGAACCCAGAGAGCAUGAGGCUCUGGCACGAGCCUGAGUCUGAUCUCACUGAUGCAAGUUUCACACAUUGAUGUGACUCUGUUGCCUCCAGUGGUUACUCCAGACCUACACUAGCGAAAUGGGAGGAGACCCGGGCUCAUUAUGCAGAGAUAAAGAGGACUGUCUCAACAGCCCUUGCUGAAGUUUGAGCAGCCAUUAUAGAUUUUUGUAGGACAUAAAACAUGAUAAAUAAUAAUAUUGUAGUUAUAAAUAUUGCCUGCAGACAAUAAUUAUCAGGUGGAGAGCCAGACAAAUAUGGCCAUGUCUCGUAACGGAGAAGACUUAGUGAGGAACAAUUUGGCAAGGUAAUAGAAGAAUGAUAGGGUGUGUUCAAAAACGAAUAAAGAUGGGUGAGGAGGGAAAAGUUAGGUAUGUCAGGCCCAUGCUUAAAUAAAUGUGUUCAAAACACUGACCAUACCAGUGAAAACCAAGUUCAACGUGCUGGUUAACUUAACUCCUGGCGUGUGACGCAUGGUGCAGGCUCAGGGGCUGCAGUCACACAUAAGAUGCAGUGCACUAUGCAAAAAUUCUUAAGCACUCAGAGGAGUCUGGCAUAUAGCCAUGAGGCCCUCCAUGCCACUUUGAUGGGCCACAGGCAGCCAAAAAUGUAACAGACUCCACAGCCUCGUUACAUUCGGGGCAGCGUAUGUAUGUUCCAGUUUCCUGGGAUAGUAGCACUGCCUGCUCAGGAUAGGGCCCAGCUGUCAUGGGAGCUGCCCAUGAAAAGUUAAGCACCCUUUUCUAACCAGAAAGGGCUACUUCUUGCUUCCCAAAGGGGUGAAUACCAAGUAGGGCAAGAAAGAGCCGAGUCAGCCAAAAAAGGACCUGCAUUGCUCUGUGGCAAAUGGUAUAACUCAUCUGGGACAGAGAUUUAAAACAAAAGAGGGCAAGAGAGCACUUUUUACAUCACAGGUGAUUAUUAACUCUCCCCACUUCACUAAACAUGGGGAAAACAGAGCCACAUCCCAUCCAGGGGUGGCAAAGCAAACAAAGGUGUUCAUUCCAAACAAGCAUGGGUGGAGCUCAGAAACCAUUUUACGCCUUUCUUAAAACCCAGCUUCCAUGGCCAGGAGAAACACAAGCAUUUGCACCUUGGUGAGGUGAGGAAAGGCUCCAUUGGGAAAGGAAGUCUUCAUAUCAUGCAGGAGAGAUGGCACGGCUGGAGGUCUCCCCUCCGCUCUGCUGCCCACAGCACAGUGUCCCAAGUCAGGCAGAAGGGCCCUCUCGCUUAAACACACAGACACACCCCCGGGUUGCUCCAUUCUUUCUAGUCCACUCCAGCCCUGGAUGUUCUGGGCUAACAAAGCUCAAACCAUCUCCUUGC